AUGUGGCAUUUCCAGCCAAGUAGUAACGUCGAUGGUUAUGUUUUGAAUGGUUUUAUAUUUGUUUGCCGCCUCCGAUUCCAUUUUAGUGGGAUCCAAAAUCCAAAUCGAGUAUCGACUCCAAUCGUUCUUCUCGCUUCUUCUUCCUCCCUUUCGUUUUCUGUUUUAACUCGCUCCAUAGAAACCGCGUAUCUACUCCACAUCACAGCACACCCCUGACCUCCCAUCUUCGUUGCUCUCGUUCGUCACCAUCUCCGGUUGUCGUUGAUGAUGUUGAUAGUGAUUUCGGGGCUGUGGAGGCUAGGAAAACACGAAGUAACAGACCGAUCAUUCUGAAUUUCAGCUUGUGGAUACAAGAUGUGAAG